AUGGCAGGUCCCACUACUCCCAACGGCAUAGUCGACGCAAGAUCCUCCCCUGCUCUGGCACCAAACAAUACUGCCGCAGGUACGAAGAGAAAGCGGCCAUCAGAGAAGAAGUUCUAUGCUGUCCGGGUGGGCAAACAACCAGGCAUCUACAACACCUGGGACGAAUGCCUCAACCAAGUCCGAGGACAUCGAGGCGCAGUCUUCAAAGCUUUCCACACACAAGCUGAAGCCCAAGCAUUCAUAGACGGCAAGAACUUACCUUCGGCGAGUACUAUCCCCGGUGAGCAGAGAUUCUACGCUGUACAGAAUGGACACAAGCCUGGCGUCUACACCGACUGGCCAUCUGCACAAGCACAGAUUCGUGGAGUCAGUCAUCCUCGACACAAGAAGUUCAACUCACGAGCUGAGGCUGAAGCAUUCGUUGCAGAGGGCAAGCAAAAGAGCAGCAUGAACGGGCAGACCACACUCACGCCUGACGAGGAGAUCCGCCAGCUCAUCAUCAAGAAGUCUGCGCCUGGUCUACAGGUCAAUGGUACAUAUCAGCCCCGAGACAAGAAUGGUGAUCCUUACGAGAUCGGCACAGGGCCACUACCUCCUGGAGCAGAAGACGGCUUCGAUCCUAAUAUCCGUAUGGACGAGAAUGGAGCACUUGUGCACAAAACCGAAGAAGAGAAGGCCAAGACGAAGCUCGUGCCUGUUGAGAAAUCACCACCGAGCAUGCUACGCAUAUUCACAGACGGCUCAUCAUUACGGAACGGUACCGCUGGUGCGCGAGCUGGCGUAGGUGUCUACUUCGGCCCACAAGAUCCUAAGUACGAUACUUCCGACUCUCCUCCUCCUUCUCCAGGUCCUUUGCAGACGCAAACCGUGUACACUAUGAAUUGGGCGGAACGGCAGGCUUUGCUGCGAAAGAAGCACGGCGUGAAGGAUGAAGAAAGGGCAGAACCAAAGCUAACCAAUUGGCGUUAUAGAAACGUGUCCGAAGCUCUUAAGGGCAGCAAGCAGACGAAUCAGCGAGCUGAGUUGACGGCUAUUCAGCGGGCGUUGGAUGUUGCACCACGACAUCGAGAUGUUACGAUCUACACCGACAGCAAGUACGCCAUCGAUUGUGUGACAAAUUGGUACCGGAACUGGGUGCGAAAUGGAUGGGUGAACAGCAAGGGGAAACCUGUGGAGAACAAGGACUUAGUGAUGGGUGUACGCGAGAACAUCGAAGAGCGAGAGAUCCUGGGCAAGAAGACCUACUUCGUCUGGGUGAAGGGCCACGCCAACAACGAGGGCAACAUCGCCGCUGACCAACUGGCUGUUGAAGGUGCGAGAAUGGGCAGAGGUCUCGAGCAUGAUGACGAUGAGGAGAAAGAUGAUGAUGAUGAUGAGACUCGCGAAGACGGCACGAACCCAGAUGACACAAUCACAGCUACGUUGACCAGCGAGGACACCGGCACGAAUGGUGUCAGCAUUCCUGAAGCAACCUCUGAGGAGCCGGAAGAUGUCAAGAUGGCGUAUCAAGACAUGGCUCGAGCAUGGAGGAGGACGAGAAGCAGGAGCAACAAAGCACAGAGAACGGUUAUCAUUGAGGAGCCGCCUUGCUGGGGAACCCAUUAA